AUUGAAUGGAUAAUUUGCUACCGACUGCCAAUCCCAUUUUAUAAACACCAUUUGAAUUUACCAAACCCAAAUUUGAAUAUCCUGGAGAAAUUGCGUAUAAUAUAAAUCUAAAUAGUCCCAUGCCAUUUUUUCAUAAUCACUACAAACCUCCCAAAAAUGUCCUUAACUUCGAAUGUUGUGAUAUAGAUUUCUUUUCCAAAGAACCAACCUACUUUAAAACUCUACAUGAAUUACAUGCCAAUUCCCCUCUCAUUUAUUAAAGAUUCAUAACUUAAUCCUCCAAGACUUAGAAUUUUGCAUCUCCAUAAUAUCAAGGAACCCAAUUGUUUUCCAAAGGCCCUGUUCAUUUUAACUCCAACUUUGAAUGUGGCAAUCUCUAUACAGUAUAUAAAGUUGCUGAUAGAAAAUAUAAUCUAGUUCUGCAUAAUGACACUUAAACCAAUGGUUGCACUAGAUGGUAUUUCUUUAGUGUAAGAACUCCUGAAAGAAUGAUGCUUUAAUUGAACAUCAUCAAUCUCAGUAAAUCGGCAUCCCAAUUAAGCGUUAAUCCUUACAUCUACACUUCCAGAAGCGGAUGGUACAGAGGAGGUGAGAAUGUCCAAUACUACAAAAAUCAAUACUAAAAGAAAAUAGAUUAUUACUACACAUUAUCAUUUAGUUAUCUAUUUGAAAAGGACGAGACCAUUUAUUUCGCCCCUUUCCCUCCAUACGGAAUCACCUCACUUUAAUCAUUUCUAAAACCUUUAAGCAACCAGUAAUAAUCAUAUCUAAUCACAAGAACCCUUAUAAAACUCAAGGCUCUCUCAGUUAAUUAAGGCAACCAAUACCCAGUAUUAACCAUGGGAAACUCAACCAAACCAUUGAUCGUUAUAGUUGCCAGACAGCAUCCAUCUGAAGUUGUUACCUCCUAUGUAGUCGAGGGAAUGAUUUCAUUCUUAAUGAGUGAUGAAGCCAAACAACUAAGAGAAAACUUUUAUUUUAAAAUCUUACCAAUGAUGAAUCCAGACGGUGUCAUCCACGGAAACAGCAAAACAAAUCUUUAAGGAAUAGAUAUCAAUUAAAAAUGGCAUAAAGUCAAUAAAUAAGUUCCUAGUGCUCAACAUGUCAAAGCCAUUUUAAAAAAGACAGGUCAUCUCUACUUAGCUCUAGAUUUACACCAAACUUACAAAAAGUAUUCAAACCAUAUUAUUAAUUUAGAUAUGGAAUUUCAUUUGUAGGAAGAUAUGAUGAGAAUCCUUAAUUUAUUACUGCAUUUUCUUAAAUCUGUCAAUAUACUAAUUUAGAACAGAGUAAAUUUGGAAAGUCUAAUAAAAUGGAAAAAACUCUGCCAUUUUCCUUAGGGUAUUUUAUUAUGUUUAAUAUAUUUAGUGAAUUGUUGAAUGUGAAUUGUAUUUACUAAGUUAGAAUUUCAGAUCAGGCUGAAAGUUCAAAAGAUUUCACAAUCUCUAUGUUGAAGAACAUCGGUGAAAACCUAUGUUAGGCAAUUCUAUUAACAUUGAAUAGAUAAAUGCAACCAAUCAAAUUGAAUCAAUGUUAGGAUAUUUCAGCCUCUGAAUCUUGUGAAUCCAGUGAUGAAACUCAACAAAUCAAAAAGAAAUUGAAUAAAAAAAAAAUGAUCACAACAAACCAUGGCAAUGAGAAUAAUUUGUCGAUUGUAACUACUUCCUUAACAAAGAAGUCCAUAUUGGCAACGAAAUUAAAACCUUUAAAACCCUUGUGUGAUUUAUCACAAUGUAAUAAUCAUAAUAUAUUUCAAGUGAAUUAAACUUCAAACAAGAAAAGCGUUCAAUAAUCUUAAUUCAAAACUAGAAUUAGAUCAUUUUCUACUAGAACCCCUGAGUUCAAUUUAAAACACUGA